AUGGCAAGCGCAAGAGUCACCCGUUGGAUCGAGCAACGCUAUUCAAGGCCCAAACUAGACCCUAACUGGGUCGCCGCAUGCGUCGAGUUUCUUGAAUCCGAACUUCAAUUGAGGGAAAAUGACACAGAGCAGCUCAGCGAACAGGUCCUUUUGCAACUAUUGCAGAGCGACCUUUGCGAUUCUGCCAUGCGAGAUACUGGGUUUCCCAAUGGUAUUCAGCAAAUGAAGAACGGCAUCAUCGGCACACGGGCAAGUGGAGGGCCUAUUCUGGUACAAAUAGUUGCCAUUACGGAUAUCGGAGUCAGUGCUUUCACACUCAAGAACAAAGACCUAGACGAGGAAGGAGCCGAUGGAGCACAACCCCCAGGCGAGGAUGAGGACGCGACGAUGCCACCAUACCCCAGGUCCAUGCUCUCCCUGCUCAUUAGCGAUGGCACGGUGACAAUUAAAGCCAUAGAAGCGAAACGACUUGAUGGUCUUGUACUGGGCGAAACCCCCCUUGGUUGCAAGUUGCUUCUCACCAAUGUCAGAGUGAGGAAUGGAAUAGCCAUGCUAGAUCCAUCGAACACACAAGUAGUCGGAUACCAAAGCGACGAACUGCAGGCACACUUUGAUAUCAACUUCGUCAAGAGUCUGAGAAGAAGGAUGGGUCAACCGGAAGAGGAUCCAGAAGACGAAAGACUUGCAGAACAGCAACAGCAGCGUCAGGCUGCUCAGCCAGUCGAAGAGAGAUCCCGCGCUCAGGCAGCGCAACGGCCUCCUGCCAAUAGCAUGCGAAGUGAACAGCAGCAGCUUGCGGGAGUGCAGCUCUCGGAAACUCUGACGGGUGCAAGGCCAAUCGUUCCUCAAACGGUCAACGAAAGCUUUGACGAUAUGCCUUCCGAACUAGACGAUGAUUUCCUGGAACAAAUAGACGAGGUAGAACAGAAAGUACUGUCUACCCAGCCCUCGACAACACCAACCAACUCAACAAACCCAAGUCGAGCUCAAUCCAACCGCUUAGCGUCAACCAUACAGGAAAUCUUCGAGUUGGAUUCGUCAGAGGAAGAAAAGGAGAACAUCAACAAAAGACGGCCUAGAGCACCAGUAGUGCAGGUGGAAACAAUAGAGCUUUCCGACUAA